GCUGAUUUUUUAGUUUACAAAUGGCGACCGAAGUUGACGAAUUUGAUUUGGAGCGGCUUAGAGCCGAGAUUCAACAAGAGAAGCAGAUGAGAGAAAUGCUGGACCAAUCCUCAGCAGAACUCAAGCUUACUGUCCAAGAACUGGAAAAAAGGUUUGACACUAUUGAUGACGAAGGGAAUGAGUGGAAGACACGCUACGAGACACAGGUUGAAAUGAAUCAACAGCUAGAAAAACAGGUUCUGGUUUUGCAAGAGAAAGCAGAUGAAGCAAGGAAAACGUUGAAAGAAGGUAAAACGGCAAAGGAUCCCAGUAGACAGGCAGUAAGCUUAAAGCAAGGGGAUGAUUUUAAUGAUGCCAAUCCACACACAGUAAAACAGAUGGAGAGGGAGAAGCAAAGCUUGAACAGCCAACUGAGAGACCUAGAAUGGAGACUGGAUCAAGAAUCAAAGGCAUACCAUAAAGCAAAUGAUGAACGCAAACAGUAUGUGACAGAAAUAAACAUGGCUAAGUACCAGGUAGAACACAUUAAGAAGGCAGGAUAUAAGGAAGGGGAACAAUCUCCAAGGAACAUCCCAUCAGACCGCAGAAUACUAGAUCCACAGAAAGGUCCCAUCAAGAAAACUGCUGCUGUCAAAAGUUUGCCUAAGUUAGACAGUGAGCAGUGAGAGGGGCCCUACUUUCUCCCAGCUUCUUACCAUUGUGCCAUAUACUGGGAAGUCUAAUCCGUCCUUUUGGAUUAUCAAACAUUCCAUAUGUCAACAGGAAUUCCCAAUAUCUUAUUUGCUUUUUCUUUUCUUUAUUUUGUUAAUAAUGUAUAUUGCUUAGAAUGCUGCUUAAGAAAUGAAUUUUUUUUCAUCUCUUACUUUGGAACUGAACUGAUGUCAACUGUUGGACACCAAUGGAAGGUUUCAAUAUAAGAUUUUUUUACAUGUAUUAUAGUAAUGUGCAGUUACAUGAAAGUACAAUGUUUUUGUUUCCAUUUUCUAGUCAUAUAAUAUAUUUUGAUACAAUAUCAUAUGUACUUGGAGGGUUUGAAUGUAUGUAAAGAUUUAUUGUCAUAUAUAUAGAUAUCUUAGAUAUUGUAUAUCUAUCUACUAGUAAACGUAUUUGAAUACGUCUGGAAUGAUUAUUUAUAAACAAAGUAAUUUAAUCAUACUAAUUCUUAGCAUAUUAGAUGGUUUCAGGGAAGUUUAAUGUCCUAGGUCUGUCUGUGCGUUGUCAACCUAGCUCAUGUUGAGAAAAAUAGUUAAUGAAGCUAUCAGUAAUUGUUAUUUAAUGUUAAAUAGGCAGAGUUAUUCAUGAGUAUAAUGCAAAAUCUUUUUGCUUCCUGCAUGUUGUUUUCACACAUUUUGAAGUAAUUUUGUGACGGAGGUAAAAUUGUACAACAUCUGGAUUUUUCAGUGCUUUUGCUGGUCAAAAGUUAUUCAUAUUCUUUAUGUUUUGCCUCACUCAUUUACGUAAAUUAUUACUCUAAAUAUUUCGCAUUGUAGAAUUCUUAAUUUAUAAAAUUCUUCUAAAAUAUAAUAUUGUCGAAAGGAAAACAAAUUAUUUCAAUAUUAAUUGCAGUUAUAUAUUGUUGUGAUGCUACUGAUUCAAAAGUGAUUUAUAGUAUAAAGAGUAAGUGCAAUGAUAAUAUAUGAUUAUUUGUUUUUGACGGUGUACUUCUUUGAUGGAUCUAAUAAAAAAAACUGAUCA